CGGCGCGGCUCACGUGACAGGCGCUGCCGGCAGCGGGGUCUCUCGGAGCCGGCGCCGCAGCGGCCGGCGCUCUCCAGAGUUGGACGCCGCUCCGCCCGCCGGCCGCGCUCCCGCCCGCCGCGUCCGGCCGCCCCGCGUCAUGGCGGCCCCCGGCGGCGCCCGGCGACCGCUGCUGCUGCUGCUGCUGCUGGGUGUUGUGCAUGGUGCCUCGGCAGAGUUCGUGGUGAGAGACAGCAACGGGACAGCUUGUAUAAUGGCCAACUUCUCUGCUGCCUUUGGGACAAGCUAUGAGACUGGGCAUGGUUUUCAGAACGUGAGCUUUGAAUUACCACCCUCUGCAGAAGUACUGAAGAACAACAGCUCUUGUGGGGGAGUAAAUGCUUCCAGCCCUAGCCUCGUGAUUGCUUUCGGAGGAGGACAUUCGCUGGCACUCACUUUCACGAGAAAUGCAACACGUUAUCGGGUCCAGCUCAUGCGUUUUAUUUACAACAUGUCAGACACAUCAACUUUCCCCAACGCAAGUUCCAAGGAGGUCAAGACUGUUUCGUCUGUCACUGACAUCAAGGCAGACAUAGACACGAAGUACAGAUGUGUCAGCACCACCGAGGUCCACAUGAGCAACGUGACCGUCAGCCUCCGUGAUGUCACCAUCCAGGCCUACCUGUCAAACAACAACUUCAGCAAGGGAGAGUCGCGCUGCCAGCAGGACCAGCCUCAGCCUUCCCCAGCCACGCUGCCACCUGCUCCACCCAGCCCCUCACCCAGCCCCUCACCCAGCCCCGUGCCCACCGAGAGCCCCUUUGUGUCCAAGUACAAUGUGAGCGGCGACAACGGGACCUGCCUGCUGGCCAGCAUGGGGCUACAGCUGAACAUCACCUACACACGGAGAGACAACAAGACUGUGACUAGUGUUCUCAACAUCAACCCAAAUGAGACCACAGCCAGCGGGAACUGCAGUGCCUUCCUGGUGACCCUGGAGCUGCAGAGCAAGAGGGGCAUGGUCCUGGUCUUGCGAUUUGGGAUGAAUGCAAGCUCUAGCCGGUUUUUCCUACAAGGGAUCCAGCUGAAUGCAACUUUUCCUGACGCCAAAGAGCCCACCUUUGGAGCCACCAACACCUCACUGAGAGCCCUGCAGGCCACCAUUGGGCACUCCUACAGGUGUAACACUGAGGAGCACAUCCGCGUCACCCAGGCCUUCUCCCUCAACGUUUUCAGCGUGUGGGUCCAGGCCUUCAAGGUGGAAGGUGACCGGUUUGGGUCUGUGGAAGAGUGUCUGCUCGAUGGGAACAACAUGCUGAUCCCCAUCGCCGUGGGGGGUGCCCUGGCGGGGCUUGUCCUCAUCGUCCUCAUCGCCUACCUCAUCGGCAGGAAGAGGAGUCAUGCUGGCUACCAGACAAUUUAGCAGGCUGGCAGGUGUGCCGCAGACAGCAGAGGCAGGGGUCUGUUUUCAUGUCCCCGAGCUUAGAUUGGUGUGGAGGGGGGCAUACUCUCUGGCAAACCGUUUUCAAAUUGCUUUAUCAAAUGUGAAGUUCAUCCUGCAACAUUUACUAUGCACAAAAGAGUAACUAUUGAAAUGACGGUGUUAAUUCUGCUAACUGGGUUAAAUAUCUUGCUAACUGGUUCAACGUUAAUAUUCACCAAAGUAGAGCUCUAAGGAGGCAGUUGUGCUUUGCUGACGUGGCGCAGCUCCACUUUGAUUCGACUGUUAAGAUUUGGUGUUGGUUUCUCCAUUCUUUGCUCAGAUUUAAGCCUUACAAAGGGAAGUCUCUGGUCUGAACACUUGAGCCUGGUGCAGGUGGCUGACGUUAGACUGGCAUGCUUAGGAAAUUAAAAACAGCAGCGCCAGGAAGGCGCUACCGUGGAGGUGCCGAGGGUGAACAUCUGGAUGCUCAGGUCAAGCUUUUUCAGGAAGGCUGGCCCACAUGCUGAGGUGGUGCCCAGGCUUGGUGUGACCCUCAGUGUUCCCAUGCUUUGCCGCCCAAGAGCUGGCACUUUUCUAAGUAUAGAAAGGGUGUUAUUUUUAUUUACUUUUUGUAAAGUGAUUUUCCGUCUUCUGUCGGCAUUCAGGGUGACUCUGUUUCUGCACUGCGUACAAUAAUAGACUCACCACUGACGUCUGCGCUGCGGCUUGGGUGGGUUGCACACUGAGGGUCGGCUCACAUGCGACACGCUGCCUGUAAUGAUGCUAAUAAAAAGUCUCUUUCUUCGUC